UGUCUGCAGGCCUCCAGCACACGCCCGGAGUGCAGCAUCAUGCAGGAGAUUGAAGAGGAACGGAGCCAGUGCCUGGCAGAGCUCACUGGGGAAAACCAGACCUCAGGCUGCAGGAGGCAAUGGGACAACAUCACCUGCUGGCCUGAAGCAGAAGUGGGAGAAGUCGUGGUGCGCCCGUGCCCGAAGUACUUCAGGUUCCUCACCACUUUUCAGGGGAAUGUGACCAGGAAUUGUACAAGCCAGGGCUGGACAGACGUGUACCCUGCGCCCUACGCUGUAGCUUGUGGAUAUGACUCCAACAGCACUCCAGGGGAAGAGCAAACGGCGUUUUACGGCACGGUCAAGACUGGCUACACCAUCGGACACACCUUAUCACUCAUAGCUCUCACAGCUGCCAUGAUCAUUUUAUGUCUCUUCAGAAAACUGCACUGUACCCGAAACUAUAUUCAUAUGCACCUCUUCAUGUCCUUCAUCAUGAGGGCCAUUGCUGUCUUCAUAAAAGAUGUCAUCCUCUUUGAAAGUGGAGAAUCUGAGCACUGCUUUGUGAGUUCAGUAGGCUGCAAAGUCAUGAUGGUUUUCUUCCAGUACUGCGUCAUGGCCAACUUCUUCUGGCUCCUGGUGGAGGGGUUGUAUCUUCACACCCUGUUGGUCAUCUCCUUCUUUUCAGAGAGGAAGUACUUUUGGUGGUACAUCUUGAUUGGCUGGGGUGCCCCCUCCGUGUUCAUCACUGCUUGGACUAUUGUCAGGAUUUACUUUUUUGAUGUUGGGUGCUGGGAGGAAGUAGUGGAAUCCCCAUUCUGGUGGAUCAUUAAAACUCCUAUUUUGGUGUCCAUUUUGGUCAACUUCAUCCUCUUCAUUUGCAUCAUCCGUAUCUUAGUCCAGAAGCUGCAUUCCCCAGAUGUUGGGCACAAUGAAACCAGCCAAUAUUCGAGACUGGCCAAGUCCACCUUGCUGCUGAUCCCCCUCUUUGGCAUUCACUACAUCAUGUUUGCUUUCUUCCCUGACAAUUUCAAAGCAGAAGUUAAGCUGGUCUUUGAGCUGGUGGUUGGGUCGUUCCAGGGAUUUGUGGUGGCUGUUCUGUACUGUUUUCUCAACGGGGAGGUCCAAGCUGAGCUCAAGAGAAAGUGGAGGAGGUGGCACCUGGAGCGGUUCCUGGGCUCAGACAUGAAGUAUCAUCACCCUUCCCUGGGCAGCAACGGCACCAACUUCAGCACCCAGAUCUCCAUGCUGACCAAGUGCUCCCCAAAGACGCGCCGGUGCUCUGGCUUCCAGGCUGAAUUCUCUCUGGUGUGAUACGGGGAGGCUCCCCAAGCACUGAGCAUCCAAAGAGAGGAACUAAGGCAGGAGGAUCUCCAGGAAGCAGAGACAUGAUGCUCCCCAUGAGCCAACAGAGGACACACAACUGGAAAAGCCACUGGCAUCCAGAACAAGACCGGACAAGCCAAGAGGCAGAGAAAUACUUUUCCUCUCCCUCUUUUCAGACCUUUCACUCUGAAGUUUCAAGCCCUCAGGGGUUGCUAAGCAUGAGUAAAGGUCUCAGACACUUGAGGAGAGCCUGGGAGAUCCUGAUGUGCCAUAAAUAAUGAAGUACAGGGGGUAAGGGAGGGGACAGCCUGGGUCCUUGAUGGCUUUACCAGAACUGGCAUCUCUGAAACAGAAAAAAUGCACUUUU